AUGGGCAAUAUACAAAAAUAUGCUCACCACUGGUGCAAUAUGCUGGUUGACAAUAAUGGUCCCUUUGCUCCUUGUCAUACAUCUUUGAGUCCAGAUAUCUACAUGCAGCGAUGUGCAACCCACCUGCCUGCCUCCCUCCCUCUUAACCCUCCCAAACCACCCACAGCAUCACUGCAAACUGAUACAGACAGUGACACGAUACGUUUUUCCUUACUAUAUGAAGGCAGAUGCUGUCUGCUCCUUGCUGCCCUCUCCUCUGUCAAAACUGACAGCGAGGACAGCAGCAUGAGCCAGACUGUUGGACGUAGAUAUAUAGACGAGUUGGUCUUUAUUUUGAGUGGUACAGCUAUAGAGGUGGAGGAUUUUGUGUUGUACUUAAACAAUAAUGAAUUAGGCCUGCAGUUUACUUAUAAAGUCAGUCCUAAAGAAGUGACUUAUUUGGAUGUAGUUCUAAGAGGCUUUGGCCUUAUAAAAGGAGAAUACAUAAGUUUGAAACGUAAUUGCUCAGAGCACAAAACCUUUUUGAAAGAAAGUCAAGUACUGAAGGAAAGGUUUCUUGAAAGAGGCUAUAAUCAGGAAGUUAUAGAUAGAGCAUUCACACAAGUCAAAGAUGUAGAUAGGAAUGAUUUGCUGUUGGAUCUCAGGGCACCAAGAAGAACACAUAAUAGAGAUAAACUUACUUUUGUAACCACAUAUAGUAGUCAAUAUGGACAAAUAAUGAACAACGAUUUAUAUGAUAUUUUCAAGAAGGAGUGCUGUUUUGUCCCCAAGCGUAACCGCACUUUAGGGAAUUACCUUUCUCCCAGUAUGGUUAACACAAGAAAUAAGGGUACAGGCAAUUGGCUCAGUUGUAAGGGACACCAUACAUGUGGCGCCGUCAAUUAUAAAGCUUGUGGACAUGCUUUGGUGGCAAGACAGUUCCAAUCUCAAGUGACACAAAAGGUAUAUGACAUUUCAAGCUGUACAAAUUGCAAAACAAACUAUGUAGUCUACCUGGCUCAGUGCAUGGAGUAUAAGAAGCAAUAUGUAGGGAUGACCACCAGGGAGGUUAGAGUGAGAAUAAGAAAACAUUUGAAUGAUAUCUCCACCUCUACACCUUGCUCAGCUUUGGCAGCACACUUUAUAGAAAGACAUAAGGGCCAAGUGGAAUCAUGUAACUGGCUGGUGAUUGACAAAUACAGCCCACUUUGUGUCUCAGGCUGCAUCUGCCCAAAAGGACUGUAUCUAAGCGAUAACAAAACCUGCAUUCCAGUAGAAGAAUGUCCGUGCCAGCAUAAUGGAAUCAGCUAUCAACCAGGGCAAAUAAUCACAUUGCACUGUGAUCAAUGUGUGUGUAGAAACAGGACUUGGGUAUGCAAUAGCAAGCCAACAAUGGGAAUAUGCACUCUUUAUGGAGAAGGGCAUUACAUCACUUUCGACAGUAAGCGCUACACUACAAAUGGAGAAUGUGAAUAUAUCCUGGUUCAGGAUUAUUGUGACUUUCAUGACUUGACAAAUGGCACCUUCAGAAUCAUUACUGAAAACAUCCCUUGUGGAUCCACAGGAACUACUUGCUCUAAAGCCAUAAUUGUAUUCCUUGGGGCCCAUAAGUUAAUUCUCUCGGAUCGACAUCUGGAACUACUGGAAAGAUCCAAUGGCGUUGAGAUACCUUACAAAGUGCGAAACAUGGGCAACUUUUUGGUUAUUGAAACGACAUAUGGACUUAUUAUAGAAUGGGAUAAAAUGACAACCAUUUUUAUUCAUCUGAGUUUAAACUUUAAGGGAAAGGUCUGUGGACUUUGUGGCAAUUUCGAUGGGAAUAGUAACAAUGACUUUACCACCAGGACUCAAUGUGUGGUUGAAGAUGUGGUAGAGUUUAGAGACAGUUGGAAGCUAUCCCCAACUUGUCCUGAAGUAUUGGAACCUAAAGACCCAUGUGCUAUGAAUCCUUACAGAAUCGCUUGGGCUCAGAAGCUUUGCUCAGUUAUCAUUAGUGAUGUUUUUUCAGCUUGUCAUUCAGAGGUAGCCCCUGAUAAAUAUUAUGAAGACUGUGUGAGUGACACCUGUGCAUGUGACAUGGGUGGAGAUUGCGACUGUUAUUGCACCGUUGUGGCAGCCUAUGCCCAGGCAUGUAGUGAGGCCUGUGUGUGCAUAGAGUGGAGAUCACCAACAAUCUGUCCAAUAUUUUGUGAUUACUACAACAAAGAAGAACAGUGUAAUUGGCGCUAUAAAGCUUGUGGAGGCCCCUGCAUGAAAACUUGCCGAAAUCCCAGUGGAUCUUGCGAAUAUGAGCUGAAGGGAUUAGAGGGUUGUUAUCCAAACUGCACAGAAGAAAAAACCCUACUUUGAUGAAGAUGAUAUGCAAUGUGUGGAUCAGUGUGGCUGUUUGGACAAUGAGACAAUUAUUACGACCUUGGAGAGAAAAUUGAAUCCUGCAAUAACUGUGAAAGCUGUGUCUGCACAACAAAAGGAAUUACUUGCGAAUUUGACCUGACUGAAUGCAAUUGCAUGUUCCAGGAUCAGUUACUAUAUCUUAAUGAAACCAUCAGGAUAGAGAAUGGCAAGGGAAGCUGCAUUAUUGUCAAAUGUGAACUAAAUGGGACAGUAGAAAGUCCUUGUUAUCCUCAAGCACGGAUUACAACUGUUCCGGCAUCUACAGUCUGUCGUUACAAAGUGUGUAAAUGGUCUGACUGGUAUGACGUUAGUAAGCCAACUUUUACCAAAAAUGGAGGAGACUAUGAAACAUUUGUUAAUAUCAAGGCUGCUGGCCAAACAAUUUGCAAAGGCAUAAGCUACGUGGAGUGUAGAGCUUCCCGCUUUCCUACAAUAUCUAUAGAUCUUCUCAAGCAAAAUGUAACAUGCAACAGUAAAGUAGGUCUUGUUUGCAAAAACGAGGACCAGGCUAAUAAAACAUUCAAGUUCUGCUACAACUACGAGAUUCGAACAUUUUGUUGUAAAUAUUUACCUUGCCCUACUGGUGAGCAUCUACCACCAUACGGUGAGCUAUUUCCAAUGCAGAGUAUAUCUAAACCACCAGAUGCUCAAGAAAUCCCUGCAAUCAUUACAGCAACAGGGAAAUCUAGAGAGCCCAUCUACACAUUUUAUUGCAUAUUCCAAAACAUCAACAUCACCUUUAGAAACUAUCAAAAGUCCUGCUGCAUUGACUACAAUGGUGUCCAAAAAAACAGUUAUGCUCACAGAACCCUUUAAAAUAUCAAUGGCAUCUGAAAAAACCUUGAAAGUACCAAUUACACCUGAAGGACCUUCCAAACCCUCAACUACACUUGCUGGAUUUUCUGCCAAGGAAACUAUACAACCUUACCAAUUCCCUAAUACUACAUUUUUAAAACCGAUUCCAUUUCAUAUUCAGAAGAUAUAAUUCCCCAGAGUCGGAUCUCUUCAGUUAUAGAAAUCAAAAGCUAUACGAUCAGUCCAGCAACAUAUUCUACAGAUUGUUUCAAUUUAACCUGCAUUGAUAAUAAACAACUUAAAGUGACAGCUGUAAUAUGUUCGAAGGUGGAAGCAACCACUUGUGAGAGUGGAAGAGAACCUAUUAAAAUAUAUGACCAGAAUGGAUGCUGUUACUAUUAUGAAU